AUGAGUUUGGCUGCGCUAGCAGCCCAUGCAACGCGCCACAAGCAGGAGGAUCAUUUUAGAGCCGCAUCUGAAUUUCCUGGAGCCCAGUCCGCAGAACAAUCAGCCCUGGCUAGUGCGCCGCCUUCCAUUUGCUUUUCGUUGUCCCCCAUCAAACCAGAAAACGCAGGCUCUAGAGUGAAAGGCGGGCAUCGGGAUUUGCCCUCCAAAGCCGGCCGUCUCUUGGAUAGUAAUACCGUACAAGCAAUGAUGGUUUUGCCAAUCCCGGCAACACUAAUGAGAGAAUUACAUGUGCGCACGGGUUGUCAUUCUCCCGCGGAAUCCAUGUCGUUGGCUCUUAAUAGGGCACAGCUCUCCAUGCAGCAUCAAAGUUCUGCAACAACAAGCGGUGGACCCCGAAACAGAGCAAAGAUGCUGCUCCUAACAGCCGACAACUUACAGCUCGGGUCCUAG